AUGGUGAGGCAAAAGAUUCAGAUCAAGAAAAUCGACAACUUGACCGCAAGGCAAGUGACUUUUUCGAAGAGGAGAAGAGGGCUUUUCAAGAAAGCUCAGGAGCUCUCGACCCUCUGCGAUGCCGAUGUUGCCCUUAUCGUCUUCUCCGCCACCGGCCGGGCCUUCAAUUAUUCUAGCUCAAGCAUGAUGCAACUCAUCCAAAGGCGUAAUCAGCAGUCGGAUAUAUCUGAUAAAGUUGGGCAGCAACACCUCCAAGUUCAGACCGAAAGAGAUCGCCAUGAGACAGCUAGCAGGCAACUUGCGAGCCUAACUCUCGAGCUAAAGCAACUGAUGGGAGAAGAGCUUCAAGGACUCGGCUUUCAUGAUCUGGUGAAGCUCGAAAAAUCGGUUGAGAUUGGAUUAAGCCGUGUUGGGAAAACUAAGAAUGACAUGGUUUUGAACGAGAUCAGCAAGCUGAAGACAAGGGAAGCAGAACUGCUUGAUGAAAAUGCAAGGUUGAAGCAGCAAGCUGAGGCCCAAGAUUUCGCAUGCACGAGAAAUAUUGCUAACGAUCAAGGAAGCUCAGCCGAGUCGAUGGCGAAUUCUCAUGGAUUAGUGCAUAAUAAUAGCAACAAGAAUCUCUCUGAUACCUCUCUCAAGCUGGGGUUACCCUUCUCCUCCGAUAGCAACUGA